CAUUCUGGGUAGGUCAGGCGCCAUGUGCUUUUGAAACAGGGGGACUAGAAGGAGACCUGUUUGAGGCGAAGCUGGCCUGUUUUUUAGGGGAGACACACACCGGCAUUCACGGCUCUAGUUGACGUUAAACAUGUACUGCACUCGACGCUGCCUCCGGACCGCGCUGCGGGCCGCGGCGACAACACACCGGCAACAGCUUCAGCGGCAAAUACCAGCCCUGUGUACUCUCAGACUUCUGAGGACCAGUCCAGCUCGGUCAGAUGCCAUAGCCACGCCUCCAGUGGAUGGAGCACCCAAGCAGUAUCCCCCCAAAAUCCAACAACUUGUCAAUGACAUAGCCAGCCUCACUUUGUUAGAGGUGUCAGACCUCAAUGAGCUCCUCAAGAAAACUCUGAACAUUCAAGAUAUUGGGAUGAUGCCGAUGGGGGCGAUGGCUGCGACAGGUGCACCUGUGCCUCAGGCUGCAGAAGAGGAGGAGGCACCAGUUAAGGAGAAAACUCACUUUACAGUAAAACUGACAGAUUUAAAAGCAACUGACAAAGUCAAACUUAUAAAGGAAGUGAAGAACUGCAUCCAAGGCUUGAAUCUGGUUCAGGCAAAGAAACUAGUGGAGUCUCUUCCCCAGGAAAUCCGGGGCAGUGCACCCAAAGAAGAGGCUGAGAAACUGAAAGCAGCACUGGAAGCAGCAGGUGGAACAGUGGUGUUAGAGUAGACCCAUGUGCCCAUGGUUUCACCACUUGGCUCCUCAUACACUUCGUCCUUCAUUCUCUUAUUAUAAUUUUUUUUACAUGGCUAAGAAGAGAGGAUCCCAGGAGAGAAACAAAGGAAUGCCUUAUGACAUUAAUACAGUCUCCCCGUGGCAUCAGGUGGGGCGGAACAACUCGGACUGAACUUUCCAGGCAUACAGCCUCCACAUAUGUCCGUCCUGCGGCUUGCCUUUUCACCUCUGUCUCAAAUUUGUGUAGCAAACCAAGCUACAGAAAUGCCAGCCUGUGUACGAAUGAAGUCAGUUUGUCAAUCUGAGGGCUGGUUCUGUCUGGAGGAAAGAUUCUGUAGGGACAUGGUUACCAGGCAUUGUCUCUGUUAUUACUGUAUUUAGUUGGAGGGAUUUCAGGGCUGAGUCUGUACAUCACUCAUAGAAUUGUUAAUAAUGUGAUUAAAGUUGAAAUCUCCACAUUUUC